GAUGAGGGCCGGACUCUGAAGGAAUCUGGGGGUGCAGCCCACAGAGAUUCAGGGGACCCAGGAAUCCUGCUUUCCAGCCGGGCCUUACCCUAAGCGUCCUGGUGGCAGGAGAGGGUGGAGAGAGGGUGUGUGUGUGUGUACUGUGGAGGGUGGUGCUGAGUGGCGUGGAGAGUUGCAGACCUAGUCUCCUCCUGGGCCCCUGGGGUCCUCGGCUUUGCCUUGCUCCUUGGGCUCUCCUAAUUUAAUGAAAGCACUUAGGAAAACCCAUGGCAGGAGACAGAGUAAAAAUCUUAUUACUGAGACACUGCAUGUGGAAAAAACUAUGACAGUUUCCAGCUUUAUAAAUUAAUAAAAAUCAAGCACCUGAUAAUGCUGUUUAGUCACAAUUACAUUAAGUUGGGGGUGCGGGUGCAUGUCAUUGCAGUUGAUACGCGUGAAGAAUCUUAAGUUGUAGCUGAAAAGCCAGAAUGGAGCUAUCAAUGCCCCCACCUCAGAUCUAUGUAGAAAAGACUCUGGCUAUUAUCAAACCAGAUAUUGUUGACAAAGAGGAGGAGAUACAAGAUAUUAUUCUCAGAUCUGGAUUCACCAUUGUUCAGAGAAGAAAACUACAUCUCAGCCCUGAGCACUGUAGUAACUUUUAUGUGGAACAAUAUGGGAAAAUGUUUUUCCCCAAUUUAACAGCUUACAUGAGUUCUGGACCACUUGUUGCCAUGAUAUUAGCUAGAUAUAACGCCAUCUCUUACUGGAAAGAACUCUUGGGACCAAGUAAUAGCUUAGUAGCUAAGGAGACACACCCAGACAGUCUGAGGGCGAUUUAUGGCACAGAUGAGCUAAGAAAUGCACUUCAUGGAAGUAAUGAUUUUGCUGCAGCAGAAAGAGAAAUUCGAUUCAUGUUUCCUGCAGUGAUUGUUGAGCCCAUUCCAGUUGGACAAGCUGCUAAGGACUAUUUAAAUUUGUAUGUAAUGCCAACUCUGCUUAAAGGACUCACAGAACUUUGUAAGCAAAAACCAGCAGAUCCUUUUUUCUACCAGGUUAUUGCUACAACCCAUCUUCCUCCACCCUCAUGCACACGUUGUCAGUCAUGUAACCCCAUGGACUGCAGCCCGCCAAGCUCCUCUGUCCAUGGACUUUUCCAGGCAAGAAUACUGGAGUGGGUUACCAUUUCCUUCUCCUGAUUUUAAUUUUUUGAGGAGCCUAUUACUUUCUUUGCUGGCCAUAUCAACUUAAAUUACAACCAGCAGUGCACGAGGGUUCCCUUUU